AUGGCGGACUACCUCAUCAGCGGCGGCACCCGCUACGUGCCCGAGGAUGGGCUCACCGCACAGCAGCUCUUCGCCAGCGACGACGGCCUCACCUACAACGAUUUCCUGAUUCUCCCAGGAUUCAUAGACUUCCUAGCUGGUGAGGUGGACCUGACCUCAGCCCUGACCCGGAAGAUCACGCUGAAGACACCACUGAUCUCCUUUCCCACCGACACUGUGAUAGAGGCCGACAUGGCCAUCGCGAUGGCUCUGAUGGGAGGUAUUGGUUUCAUUCACCACAACUGCACCCCAGAGUUCCAGGCCAACAAGGUGCAGAAGGUCAAGAAGUUUGAACAGGGCUUCAUCACAGAUCCUGUGGUGCUGAGCCCCUCGCACACUGUGGGUGAUGUGCUGGAGGCCAAGAUGCGGCAUGGCUUCUCUGGCAUCCCCAUCACUGAGACGGGCACCAUGGGCAGCAAGCUGGUGGGCAUCGUCACCUCCCGAGACAUCGACUUCCUUGCUGAGAAGGACCACACCACCCUCCUCAGUGAGGUGAUGACGCCAAGGAUGGAGCUAGUGGUGGCUCCAGCAGGCGUGACGUUCAAAGAGGCAAAUGAGAUCCUGCAGCAUAGCAAGAAAGGGAAGCUACCUGUUGUCAAUGAUCAUGAUGAGCUGGUGGCCAUCAUCGCCCGCACCGACCUGAAGAAGCACCGAGACUACCCUCUGGCCUCCAAGGAUUCCCACAAGCAGCUGCUGUGCGGGGCAGUUGUGGGUACCUGUGAAGAUGACAAAUUCCGCCUUGACCUGCUCACCCAGGCGGGCGUCGAUGUCAUAGUCUUGGACUCGUCCCAAGGGAACUUGGUGUAUCAGAUCGCCAUGGUGCAUUACAUCAAACAGAAGUACCCCCACCUCCAGGUGAUUGGGGGGAACGUGGUGACAGCAGCCCAGGCCAAGAACCUGAUUGACGCUGGUGUGGAUGGGCUGCACGUGGGCAUGGGCUGCGGCUCCAUCUGCAUCACCCCGGAAGUGAUGGCCUGUGGUCGGACCCACGGCACUGCUGUGUACAAGGUGGCCGAGUAUGCCCGGCGUUUUGGUGUGCCCAUCAUAGCCGAUGGCGGCAUCCAGACCGUGGGGCACGUGGUCAAGGCCCUGGCCCUUGGAGCCUCCACAGUGAUGAUGGGCUCCCUGCUGGCCGCCACCACGGAGGCCUCCGGUGAAUACUUCUUCUCAGAUGGGGUGCCGCUCAAGAAGAAUCGGGGCAUGGGCUCGCUGGAUGCCAUGGAGAAGAGCAGCAGCAGCCAGAAACGAUACUUCAGCGAGGGGGAUAAGGUGAAGUUCGCGCAGAGUAUCUCGGGCUCCAUCCAGGACAAAGGGUCCAUUCAGAAGUUCGUGCCCUACCUCAUAGCGGGCAUCCAGCACAGUUGCCAGGAUAUCGGGGCCCGAAGCCUGGCUGUCCUUCGGUCCAUGAUGUACUCAGGAGAGCUCAAGUUUGAGAAACGGACCGUGUCAGCCCAGAUCGAGGGUGGCGUCCAUGGCCUGCACUCUUACGAGAAGCGGCUGUACUGA